AUGUGGACCAUACAGAGCGAUUUCUACCGCGUUCUUACCUUUAGUGCUGGAGGAAAACUGGUCCGCACGAUCUUUUCUACUCAAGAUGGUCACCAACAUCGUACGCUGCGAAAACCCAUUGCGAACUUAUACUCAAUGAGCUAUAUUGCCUCCCAUGAGAAGCUUGUUGAUCAGACCAUGGCCCAUUUCUUCAGGCGUCUGGAUGAGCUCUUCGUUGACACGGAUGGUGUGUGUGACUUUGGGACCUGGAUUCAGUAUUUCGCCUGGGACGUGAUUGGGAAUCUCACCUUCUCCAAGCCGCUCGGGUUCCUGGAGCGUGGUGGCGACGUGGAGAACAUCACUGCGAGUAUUGUGACUUUUUUUGGUAUCAAUGCAAUGAUAACGCAAAUGCCGUGGCUGGACUACUUUUUCUUCAAGAAUCCCAUCCUUCACAAGGUGAAGAAGGAGAAGGCAAGCCCAGUAGUUACAUUCGCUAUGGCAAGGGCCAACGAAAGACUUGAAGAGCUCGAGAAGAAUAAAGAAAAGACAAUCAAGGAUAGAGACUUCCUUUCUGGAUUUAUAAAUGCGCUGUCCAAAGAUCCGUCCAUUCCCAAGUCGGCCCUUACUGCAUGGGCAACCUCCAACGUGACAGCUGGCAGCGACACGACCUCCAUUUUGACCCGAAGUGUUUUCUAUCAGCUCUUGACACAUCCCGACAAGCUUCGGUGCCUCAUGGAUGAGCUUGACCAAGCCGAGCGAGAGGGUCGUCUGUCCGAAUACGUGUCCUGGCAGGAAGCGCAGCAACUCCCAUAUUUGGACGCGGUAAUCAAGGAAGCCGGACGCCUGCAUCCGCCAUUUGGGCUUCACCUGGAGCGCCAUGUGCCUCCUGAAGGUGCAGUCAUCUGUGGUGCACAUCUGCCCGGCGGCACCAUGGUUGGGAUCAACUCAUGGGCGAUUCAUCGACGCGAGGAUCCGUUUGGAAAUGACGCUGACGAGUUCAGACCGGAGCGAUGGCUGCUGUGUGACGAGGCACAACGUCGGAAAAUGGGACGAGCUCUCAUGACUGUAAGUGAAUCGCUUUUGCAAUUUCUCUGGUCUUCGGCCUACACUUUCAAUCUGACCAAGAGCUCUGACUGUUUCGCCCCCCUCUUUCUCCAGUUUGGUGCCGGUCGUCGCGUCUGCCUGGGUAAGCACAUUUCGAUCCUGGAAAUGUAUAAACUCAUCCCCAGUAUUUUCCGGAGAUACAAGCUCGAAUUUGCGGUGCCUGAUGGGCGCUCUUACCAUGUGCACAACAGAUGGUUUGUACACCAGACGGGCUUGGAUGUGAGAUUCAAGAAGCGGACGGCUGGCACUUGA